GUGUGUAGCAGUAGAACGUUUGGUGUAUCAACCAUCUAAGCCGCAUUUGAUCAUAAUGUUGUAGAAUUUUUUUAACAAUAGGAGGCAAACAAACAAAAAAUGGCCCUGCCUCCGUACCUUAUUCCGGGCAGCCCUUGGGCAUACAUGGCCCAGCAGCAGGCCCAGCUUGCUGCUGCACAGGCCCAGGCUGCCCAUGCUCAGAUGCAUGCACACUUCCAGGCUCAAGCCCAAGCACAUUCCCAGGCACAGGCCAUUCCUCGCCCGCAGGCUGGACCUCCACCUGUAGAAAAUGUUUCCUUGGAAAAGAUGCAAGAGAAAGCUCGGAGAUGGCAACAGCUUCACAAUAAGAAAUAUGCAGAGAAAAGAAAAUUUGGUUUUGUUGACGUGCAAAAAGAAGAGAUGCCACCAGAACACAUCCGCAAAAUCAUUCGUGAUCAUGGAGAUAUGUCAAGUCGAAAGUACCGUCAUGACAAGCGUGUAUACUUGGGAGCCUUGAAGUUCAUGCCUCAUGCUGUACUGAAGCUUCUUGAAAACAUGCCAAUGCCAUGGGAGCAGAUACGAGAUGUCCAGGUUUUAUACCACAUCACUGGAGCCAUCACAUUUGUCAACGAGAUACCAUGGGUGAUUGAACCAGUCUACAUCUCCCAGUGGUCUACCAUGUGGAUGAUGAUGAGAAGAGAAAAGAGAGAUCGACGGCAUUUCAAGAGGAUGAGAUUCCCUCCAUUUGAUGAUGAAGAGCCUCCUUUGGAUUUUGCUGACAAUGUGUUAGAUGUGGAGCCCCUUGAAGCUAUCCAGAUGGAACUAGACCCUGAGGAAGAUGUAGAGGUUGCAGACUGGUUUUAUGAGCACAAGCCUCUCAUUGACACUAAACAUGUGAAUGGUCCUACUUAUCGUAAGUGGCGCCUGACUCUUCCUCAAAUGGCAACGUUGUACCGUCUUGCUAACCAGUUGCUGACUGAUGUCUCGGAUAACAAUUACUUUUACUUGUUUGAUUUAAAGUCUUUCUUCACAGCAAAGGCAUUGAAUAUGGCUUUACCUGGAGGACCAAAGUUUGAACCAUUGAUUAAGGACAUGAACCCUGCUGAUGAAGACUGGAAUGAGUUCAAUGACAUUAACAAGAUCAUCGUACGUCAUCAAGUGCGAACAGAAUAUCGCAUAGCAUUCCCAUAUUUGUUUAAUAAUAUGCCACAGUAUGUCCAUCUCAGCUGGUAUCACACACCGGUUGUCCUCUACAUCAAAACUGAGGAUCCCGACCUUCCUGCCUUCUACUUUGAUCCUCUUAUUAAUCCAAUCUCUCACCGCAACACAGUUAAAGGAGAGGUUCUUCUUCCUGAUGAUGAUGAGGACUUUGAACUUCCAGAAGAUGUAGAAGCUUUGUUGAAGGAAUGGCAAUUAUAUGAUGAUGCAACAGCUAAUGGCAUAGCACUGUUAUGGGGGCCUCGGCCCUUCAACAUGCGCUCUGGUACUAUGAGAAGAGCAAUUGAUGUCCCUCUAGUUAAGAUGUGGUACCGUGAACAUUGUCCUCCUGGUCAACCAGUUAAGGUGCGUGUAUCAUAUCAGAAGCUGUUGAAGUAUUAUGUCCUCAAUGCUCUCAAGCACCGUCCACCCAAAGCUCAGAAGAAACGUUACUUGUUCCGUUCCUUCAAGGCAACCAAGUUUUUCCAGACCACGACCUUGGAUUGGGUAGAAGUUGGCCUCCAGGUCUGUCGUCAAGGAUAUAACAUGCUUAACCUCCUUAUUCAUCGCAAAAACCUUAAUUAUUUGCAUCUGGAUUACAACUUCAACUUAAAACCUGUCAAAACACUUACAACUAAAGAGAGAAAGAAGUCAAGGUUUGGAAAUGCAUUCCACUUGUGUCGUGAAAUUUUAAGGUUGACAAAGCUGGUGGUUGAUGCACAUGUACAGUACAGGCUUAACAAUGUGGAUGCCUUCCAGUUAGCAGAUGGACUUCAGUACAUUUUUGCUCAUGUUGGUCAACUGACUGGUAUGUACAGGUACAAGUACAAACUAAUGAGACAGAUCCGGAUGUGCAAAGAUCUCAAGCAUGUCAUAUACUACAGGUUCAACACUGGUCAGGUAGGUAAAGGUCCUGGUUGUGGUUUUUGGGCUCCAGGGUGGAGAGUAUGGCUCUUCUUCAUGAGAGGAAUUACCCCAUUGUUGGAGCGUUGGCUGGGUAACCUUCUCUCUCGUCAGUUUGAGGGUCGACACAGCAAAGGUGUGGCUAAGACUGUGACCAAGCAGCGUGUGGAGUCUCACUUUGAUCUUGAGUUACGAGCCUCUGUUAUGCAUGACAUUUUGGACAUGAUGCCAGAGGGUAUCAAGCAGAAUAAGGCUCGAACAAUUCUUCAGCAUCUUUCUGAGGCUUGGCGAUGUUGGAAAGCUAACAUCCCCUGGAAAGUACCCGGUUUGCCAACACCAAUUGAGAAUAUGAUUCUUCGAUAUGUCAAGAUGAAAGCUGAUUGGUGGACCAACACUGCUCAUUACAACCGUGAGCGUAUUCGUCGUGGUGCCACUGUGGACAAGACUGUCUGCAAGAAGAACAUGGGCCGACUUACACGUCUGUACCUGAAAUCUGAACAGGAACGGCAACACAACUACCAGAAGGAUGGCCCCUACAUCAGUCCUGAGGAAGCAGUGGCCAUUUACACCACUACUGUCCAUUGGUUAGAGUCUCGUCGUUUUGCUCCCAUCCCUUUCCCACCUCUCUCGUACAAGCAUGACACAAAACUGCUCAUCUUGGCCCUGGAAAGACUGAAAGAAGCUUACAGUGUGAAAUCACGAUUAAAUCAGUCCCAGCGAGAGGAAUUGGGUCUUAUUGAACAAGCAUAUGACAACCCCCACGAAGCGCUGUCUCGCAUCAAACGUCAUUUGCUAACUCAGAGAGCUUUCAAGGAAGUGGGCAUUGAAUUCAUGGACCUUUACAGUCAUUUAAUACCUGUGUACGAUGUAGAACCCCUUGAGAAAAUUACAGAUGCUUACCUGGACCAAUACCUCUGGUAUGAGGCCGACAAGCGCCGCCUCUUCCCGCCUUGGGUCAAACCUGGAGACUCGGAACCUCCCCCUCUUCUGGUGUACAAGUGGUGUCAAGGCAUAAAUAACCUCACAGAUGUUUGGGAUACAGCUGAUGGAGAAUGUAAUGUAAUGCUGGAGUCAAAGUAUGAAAAGUUAUAUGAGAAGAUUGAUCUUACAUUACUUAACAGGUUGCUGCGAUUGAUUGUUGACCAUAACAUUGCUGAUUACAUGACAGCUAAGAAUAACGUAGAUAUCAACUACAAGGAUAUGAACCACACAAACCGUUACGGCAUCAUCCGAGGCUUGCAGUUUGCCUCCUUCAUUGUACAGUAUUAUGGUUUAGUAAUGGACUUACUGGUCUUGGGUCUGAAACGUGCAGCUGACAUGUCGGGUCCCCCACAAAUGCCCAAUGACUUUUUAAACUUUCAAGAUGUUGCCACAGAGACACAGCAUCCUAUCAGAUUGUACUCACGAUACAUUGACAGAAUACACAUCUUUUUCCGUUUUACAGCUGAGGAGGCAAAAGAUCUUAUCCAGCGUUACCUGACAGAGCAUCCCGAUCCAAAUAAUGAAAACAUUGUAGGCUACAACAACAAGAAGUGCUGGCCAAGGGAUGCAAGAAUGAGGCUCAUGAAGCAUGAUGUCAAUUUGGGACGAGCAGUGUUUUGGGAUAUAAAGAACAGAUUGCCUAGAUCUGUCACCACUAUCAACUGGGAAAAUUCCUUUGUCUCUGUGUAUUCUAAAGACAACCCUAAUCUUUUAUUCAAUAUGUCUGGAUUUGAAUGCCGCAUUUUGCCCAAGUGUCGCAUGACUCAUGAGGAGUUUAAGCAUAGAGAUGGCGUGUGGAACUUACAGAAUGAAGUUACAAAAGAACGAACUUCACAGUGUUUCUUGCGUGUUGAUGAUGAAUCUAUGCAAAGGUUCCACAAUCGUGUUCGACAAAUUCUCAUGGCUUCAGGUUCCACAACAUUCACAAAGAUUGUUAACAAGUGGAACACAGCUUUGAUUGGUCUCAUGACAUACUACAGAGAAUCUGUUGUGAACACACAAGAACUAUUAGAUCUGUUGGUCAAAUGCGAAAAUAAGAUUCAAACACGUAUUAAGAUUGGUUUGAACUCAAAGAUGCCUUCCAGAUUUCCCCCUGUAGUAUUUUAUACUCCAAAGGAGCUUGGGGGCCUUGGUAUGUUAUCAAUGGGUCAUGUACUUAUUCCACAGUCGGAUUUGCGUUGGAGUAAGCAAACUGACGUGGGCAUUACCCAUUUCAGAUCUGGCAUGAGUCAUGAUGAAGACCAACUUAUUCCUAACUUGUAUAGAUACAUUCAGCCCUGGGAGACUGAGUUCCUUGAUUCACAAAGAGUAUGGGCUGAGUAUGCACUUAAGAGACAAGAGGCAACUGCACAGAAUCGUCGUCUCACUCUGGAAGACUUAGAAGAUUCAUGGGAUCGAGGUAUUCCUAGAAUCAACACACUUUUCCAGAAAGAUCGUCAUACACUUGCAUAUGACAAAGGUUGGAGAAUACGAACAGAAUUUAAACAAUACCAGGUGCUCAAACAGAAUCCCUUCUGGUGGACACAUCAACGCCAUGAUGGUAAGCUAUGGAAUUUGAACAAUUAUCGUACCGACAUGAUUCAAGCAUUAGGUGGCGUAGAAGGUAUUUUAGAACAUACACUCUUUAAAGGUACAUAUUUCCCAACAUGGGAAGGUCUCUUCUGGGAGAAAGCCUCUGGUUUUGAAGAGAGUAUGAAAUACAAGAAAUUGACAAAUGCCCAAAGAUCUGGUCUUAAUCAGAUUCCUAACCGUCGAUUUACCCUUUGGUGGUCACCAACCAUUAACAGAGCCAAUGUGUAUGUAGGUUUCCAAGUGCAACUUGAUCUGACUGGUAUAUUCAUGCAUGGAAAAAUUCCCACUCUCAAGAUUUCUCUUAUUCAAAUCUUCCGUGCCCAUUUGUGGCAGAAGAUCCAUGAGUCGGUGGUAAUGGAUCUGUGUCAGGUCUUUGAUCAGGAACUUGAUGCUUUGGAGAUUGAGACUGUACAAAAAGAGACUAUACAUCCUAGGAAAUCAUACAAGAUGAACUCCUCAUGUGCAGAUAUUUUACUGUUUGCUGCCUACAAAUGGAACUACUCAAAGCCUUCACUCUUGGCAGAUUCAAAGGACACAAUGGAUGGGUCAACCACACAGAAGUACUGGAUUGAUGUACAACUCAGAUGGGGCGACUAUGACUCUCAUGAUGUUGAACGCUAUGCAAGAGCAAAGUUCUUGGACUACACAACUGACAACAUGUCAUUGUACCCAUCUCCUACAGGUGUAUUAAUUGCAAUUGAUCUAGCAUAUAAUUUACACAGUGCAUAUGGCAACUGGUUCCCAGGAGCCAAACCUUUGAUACAGCAAGCCAUGGCUAAGAUUAUGAAGGCAAACCCAGCUCUAUAUGUAUUACGUGAGCGCAUUCGUAAGGGUCUUCAGCUCUACUCUUCUGAACCCACAGAACCGUAUCUGUCUUCACAGAAUUAUGGUGAACUAUUCUCCAACCAGAUUAUUUGGUUUGUGGAUGAUACAAAUGUGUACAGAGUAACUAUUCACAAAACCUUUGAGGGUAACUUAACAACAAAGCCAAUCAAUGGUGCAAUUUUCAUCUUUAACCCUCGGACAGGUCAGCUCUUUUUGAAGAUCAUUCACACAUCUGUGUGGGCAGGUCAAAAGCGUCUAGGUCAGUUGGCCAAAUGGAAAACAGCUGAGGAAGUUGCUGCAUUGAUUAGGUCACUGCCUGUUGAAGAACAGCCAAAACAGAUCAUUGUAACUCGAAAAGGUAUGUUAGAUCCGCUUGAAGUGCAUUUGCUGGAUUUCCCUAACAUUGUGAUCAAGGGUUCAGAACUGCAACUGCCCUUCCAGGCUUGCCUGAAGGUGGAGAAAUUUGGAGAUCUUAUUCUGAAAGCUACAGAGCCACAGAUGGUUCUCUUCAAUCUUUAUGAUGAUUGGCUGAAGAAUAUCUCGUCUUACACGGCUUUCUCUCGUCUAAUUCUUAUACUGCGUGCCCUUCAUGUGAAUAAUGAUCGAACCAAGGUUCUACUUAAACCAGAUAAGACCACCAUAACAGAACCUCAUCAUAUCUGGCCCUCACUUUCAGAUGAAGACUGGGUGAAAGUUGAAGUUCAACUCAAAGAUCUCAUCCUUGCUGAUUAUGGUAAAAAGAACAAUGUAAAUGUGGCAUCUCUCACUCAAUCUGAAAUCAGAGAUAUUAUUCUAGGUAUGGAAAUUAGUGCACCAUCAGCGCAGAGGCAACAGAUUGCAGAAAUUGAAAAGCAGACUAAGGAGCAGUCUCAGCUUACAGCUACAACUACUAGAACUGUCAACAAACAUGGUGAUGAGAUUAUCACCUCUACCACCAGCAAUUAUGAAACGGCAACAUUUAGCAGCAAGACUGAAUGGAGGGUAAGAGCAAUAUCUGCCACAAACCUUCACCUGCGUACAAACUACAUUUAUGUGUCAUCGGAUGACAUAAAAGAAACUGGUUUUACAUACAUCUUGCCCAAGAAUGUGUUGAAGAAAUUUAUCAUUAUCUCAGAUCUUCGUACUCAGAUAGCUGGCUACCUGUACGGUGUUAGUCCCCAAGAUAACCCACAAGUAAAGGAAAUUCGGUGUAUUGUCAUGCCACCACAGUGGGGGACACAUCAGAUGGUUCACCUGCCACACAAGCUACCUACUCAUGAAUUUUUGAAUGAGCUAGAGCCUUUAGGAUGGAUUCAUACUCAGCCCAAUGAGUUACCACAGCUUUCUCCCCAUGAUAUUACCACACAUGCAACUGUCAUGGCUGACAAUAGCUCAUGGACCACAGAUCGCACCAUAGUUAUUACGUGUUCAUUUACCCCUGGCUCUUGCUCCUUACAGGCAUACAAACUAACUCCUUCUGGUUUUGAAUGGGGUCGUAACAAUAAAGACAUGGGUAAUAAUCCUAAGGGUUACUUGCCAUCUCACUACGAAAAAGUUCAAAUGCUUCUCUCAGAUCGAUUCCUUGGUCUUUUCAUGACUCCAUUGCAAGCUUCGUGGAACUAUAACUUCAUGGGAGUCCGCCAUGAUCCCAACAUGAAAUAUGAUCUGCAACUGGCAAGUCCAAAGGAGUUCUAUCAUGAGGUUCACCGCCCAGCCCACUUCCUCAACUUUUCAUCUCUGGAUGAGGCAGACACAGCAGGGGCUGACAGAGACAAUUCCUUAGAGUAAAUUUCAGUGGACUGUGUUGAAAGGACAGGUAGGUGUAUGUACAAUAAAAGUUUAGAAUUUGGGAGUUUUACUCUGGGAUAAAACAUUUGAUACAGUACUGUAUAGGAUUAUUAUUAAUUUUUUUUUUAAUUAAAUAUUAAUUCUUUGAAAGAUGUGAACCUAGCUUUUGCUAUAAAAUUCAAAUGGAUUGAGGUUAGAGAUUCAAGUAUGAUGAUUUUUUUUUAGUGUGUAACAAGUUAAGCUAGGAACAUCUACCUUGUAAUAAUAUAUUUUUUGGUUGCACUGGUAUGUAUUUUAUAUACAGUAUAAACAUGUAUGUAUUGUGAGAAAAUAUAAAGUUAAGCACA